CGUUGCUUUCAGUCAGCUGCUUCCUCAGCUCUGGGAUGAGUUUCUCUCGAAUUUCUUCGGCACAUUUUUAAACAGGAGUCCUGCCAGGCCUCUCAGGGAGCAGGAUCGAACCUGUUACUGCUGCUGAUGGGGGAUAUAAGUAGCCUGGAACACUGGUCUGAACCACACACACAUGCUACGACUGUACCAGCUGCUCACACUGAAGCAGAUAUGAUAAAAGCCACAGUUGUCUGGACAUGUACUUUAGUCAUCUCCCUUUUCGUAGAGUCCUGUCAUGCACAGAAGCUGAACAUCCACUGGGGUCCUCAGUCCAUGAUGUACUUGAAGGGCAAACAUGGCAGGAGGUUUGUGUCGGAGGAUGACAGUAUUUGGAAGCAGAGUCUGCAGGGCUGGUACGCAGUGCUCAAAGGCCUCCAGAGACUGCAGUCACAGGACUUCCGUAAUCCCAGUCACAUCGGAAGCUCAGACCUUAUCCACUACCGCCUGGAGAGAUGAGGCACACAGGGUCAGACUGUCUCGACAUUGGAACUAAACUAACAGUUCACUGAGAACAUGUCCACAAUUACAAAGCACAACAUUUAUAUCACAGCACAACAUUUAUAUCACAGCAGUCUAAUUUAUAUUGAGUAGUACAGGCAAAGACACAAUUGGUGCCAAACCCAACCAGAUCAUGAAAGCUCUGCAUAUGUUGUUACAGUAUAUGAAUGUUUCAAUGUAUCACUGUUUUACAAUUUCCUCACUGAAUUAUGUUUGUAUUUUUCAUCCAUGAA